AUGGCAGACCAGUGGAAUAUGCCCGAUAUUCCACGGAAUGCCCGUGGAGAGCCUCAGCUGGACUUCGCUUUUCCUGUAAAACCUGCUGCCCACUCUCAAGAUGUUCCUGCACUCCCGGCUUACCCUAAUGGCAACGAAAACAUCGCACCUCGUCGUAACUUGAACCUAUUUCCUCAGCAUUGGCCACAGCAACCUCCACCACCCCAGCGUACUUUUGUCCAAUACCAGGGACCCGGUAUUCCGCCCAUUAGGCAGCCGCCUGGAGCGCUGAAUAACCCCGCCCUUCAAGCGACUGCUGGCGCUAUUCAUGGGAACAUGGAAGGUAAUCUCGGCGCUGCACUCCUAUACGGCUAUGAUGGACCUCGUCAGAUGCCUGUCAAUAUGGCUGGGCUGUAUCGAAGCACACCUGCAGGCCAAUUCGGACCGGCUAUGGGGGACACCUGGAAAGGUGACCCUGCUGCAGCGUGGGAUAACGAACAAUCGAGGACCUCCCGGAAGCGGAACUCACGGAAGGAAACACCCGAAGAUGCUAGUGAGGAGUCGGACAGCGGUACAGAGUCAGACAGCAGUGACGAGGACAGAGGCAAGGGAAAGGCGAGGAAGAAGGUGAAGAAGAAGACAAAGAAGACACCAGCACGUGGGCGGAAGAAGGGUAAGGGCAAAGGCGAGGGAGGUCGUGCAAAGCCAAAGAGUGGUGCAGGUAGUAAGUCCGGAGAUAAUAGACGUGACACAGGUGUCUCGGAUGAUGAAAUUGCACGACUCACCGAUGCUGUCAAACACGCUGCUGAGCCCCGCCUCUCACAAGCUCAACUCAAGGCAGCAAAUCAGCAGAGGGAAGGGAAGGGUCGAGCAGAGUUGGACGCAGAGGGUAGUGACGAUGAAGGCUCGCAAGGUCUUAACGACGAGGAGAAGCUACAUGCAGUGGAGUGGCUUACCACGCCAGAGCGCUACGCAGAGAUCCGAACCAGUCUUGAUAGGUUCUGUGUUCUGAUGGCACAAUCACUGUUCAGAGAAAGGGUCAGCGCUGCACAGAUCGCACGAUACUGGAACAACAAUGCAUUCAAGAAGUACAAGGCGAUCCGAGCACAGCUUCCGCACACCGGAGGAGGGGAUCCAGAUGCCGUCCAUCAAGGUGGUCUGGAUGCAGCUCCUCCAGGCAGCUCCCAGCAUCAAAAACAACUCUCUGAUGUCACAUUCAAGGCAGCAGGAAAGUUUUCUAGCGACACUCUGCUCGAAUUUUACAAUUCCAAGCUCUAUGAUCUCAUUGAUGCCGUUGCCCAUUCCGAUUCUGCAGUCCAACGUGUCCAUAUCAUCAACUCCUCUGACCCUGUCUUCGAGUCGCCUAAAAAACGUGCCGCACCGGGUGCCAAGCAAGAGCAUGCUGGGAGCAGUAGCAAAGCCGAGGAGCUGCUUGAAGAGGCCUUCCGAGAUCUAUCAGAGCGUAGCAAGAUUGCACAACAACUGGACAAGGAACGACUCGAGUUAGAAAAGCGACGGGAGGCACGCGAGGAGGAGGAGCGAGCAGAGAGGCGUGAGAUGCGGAGGCAGCAGGAGCGCCGAGAGGCGCAGGCGGCACGUGAGGUGAAAUGGAACCGCGCAAUUGAGAUGAGCAAGUCAGAUGUCCCCGAGCUUCGCGAGCGAGGGCUGAAGCUCAUUGCGCAACUGGCUGAGGAAGAGGAGGAGGAGUGA